AUGGCUGCCGCCGCCAACUGGCAGGACGAUACGAGUGUCGCCGCCGCCGCCGCUAUUGCCGCUGCCGAAAACUACAUGUCCACCAUACCCUUGCCUGCCGGUGAUGGCUUCCCCACCCUGUCCAGUGCCGACUUUGACAUCCCUUCCUCCUCUGCGGCCAGUGCCCACGGCGCCUCCGCCUAUCAACCAUCACUGCCGAACACAGCUCAACCCGGCGUACGACCCCCAUCUUACUCAUCUGCUGCUACGCCUACCGAACCCGGCUCUCCGCCCCAUCGCAGCAGCGCCACCAUCGUUCUCGAGGCCAACGAUGUUGAUGAGGAAGAAGAUGGCAAGCCUGCCCUCAGCUACGCCAAACUCGCUGCCCUUGCCAUUGACGCCGCCCCCCAGGGCCGUGCCACGGUCGCCGACAUUUACAAAUGGGUGCAAGAAAGAUACCCCUACUUUCGCCACGGGAAGCCCUGGUGGAAGAACUGCAUUCGUCACAACCUUUCCAUGAAGAAAUGUUUUGUCCGACAAGAAGGCACACGCGGCAGCAACUUUUGGAGCCUCCACCCUGAUCACCGCUCAGAGAUUCUUCACGCCAAGAGCCCCCGUAACCUCUCACGCAAGCGACGUCGUGCCUCCAUGCACGCCACUACCACCACCACCGCUGCCAUCACCAACACAACGUCCUCGUCCUCAUCGUCGGCAACAGCCUUCGACACGAGCAGCCCAACACCUUCUCCCCAGGAUCAAUACACCGAGCCGCUUGUGGAUCAGUUGCGCAGCGUCGGGCCUCCCCUCGCCACUGGGGCCGCACACCUGUCCCCCGACCUUCGCCAAGCCACGGCCCGCCCGCCCCUGCCUGACCAUCUCCUGGCCACCGCCUCGUGGGCUACUGCUGCCGAUGCCACCUUUGCCGACACCACUUUUGAUGCCGCCAGCGACAUGAUGACCGACGUCGAGGACCUGCUGGCUGAAGCCACCUCCCCCGUCUUGUCCGCAUCAGACGCGCUUCUUCCCCUCCUGAACACCGAGGAGACAGAUGCCCUUCUCAACGCCACACUCAACGCCUUCCCACCCAACGCCUUCCACAGCGAACUCAUGGCCAACGCGUCGUGCGUCUCACAAGUGCCUCCCGCCAGUCCGCUGCCCCCAGUCCGCCUGCCCGAUGCAACCUCGUGGCUCCAGCCUGUCGGCGCCCUGGAUCUGCCCGAUUUGUCGGUCUUUUGA